AUGGCAGCUGACCGGAUGUCUCGGCUGAUUUAUGGGAUCCUGGCAGCGGCGUUCAUCGGAUCACUUCCGGCCGACUCGGUGGCUCGGCGGCCGCACGUCGUCUUCAUCCUGGCCGACGACUUCGGGUGGUUCGAUGUCGGAUAUCACGGCUCAGAGAUCAGAACCCCGAAUCUGGACCGGCUGUCGGCCGAAGGAGUCCGCCUGGAGAACUACUAUGUUCAGCCGCUGUGCACCCCCUCCAGGAACCAGCUGCUGACCGGAAGGUACCAGAUCCACACGGGCAUGCAGCACCAGAUCAUCUGGCCCUGCCAGCCGUACUGCGUCCCCCUGGACGAGAAGCUGCUGCCUCAGCUGAUGAAGGAGUCGAACUACGACACGCACAUGGUGGGCAAGUGGCACCUGGGCAUGUACAGGAGGGAGUGCCUGCCCACGCGCCGCGGCUUCGACUCCUACUUUGGUUACCUGACAGGAAGUGAGGACUACUUCUCUCAUACUCGCUGCUACAACAUCGCUCCUCUGAACCGGACCCGCUGUGCUCUGGACCUCAGAGAUGGGGAGGAGGUCGCCACGGCGUAUAAAGGCGUUUAUUCCACGGAGCUGUUCAGCCAGAGAGCCGUCAGCAUCAUCCAGAAACACAACUCGAGCAAGCCUCUGUUCCUGUACGUGGCUCUGCAGUCUGUGCACGAGCCUCUGCAGGUGCCCGAGCGCUACCUGAGUCCCUACAGCUUCAUCAGAGACCCUCAGCGCAGGUUGUACGCCGGCAUGGUUUCCGCCAUGGACGAGGCUGUGGGCAACAUCAGCCUGGCUCUGCAGCAGACCGGACUCUGGGACAACACGGUCCUGGUGUUCUCCACAGAUAACGGGGGUCAGACCUUAGCUGGUGGCAGCAACUGGCCUCUGCGGGGAAGGAAGGUAUCCCUGUGGGAAGGAGGGGUCCGGGGUGUGGGCUUCGUCUCCAGCUCACUGCUGGAGAAAGCCGGCACCACCAGCCGUGAACUGAUCCAUAUCUCUGACUGGCUACCCACUCUGGUUCACCUGGCAGGUGGGAGGACUAACGGCACCAAGCCGCUGGACGGCUUCGACAUGUGGAGCACCAUCAGCAAAGGGCUGGCCUCACCCAGACUGGAGCUGCUGCACAACAUUGAUCCUCUGUAUUAUGACUUCUCUCCAUGUCCUGGCAGGCAGCGUCCGUUACCUCUGACUCCGGGGGUCAGGAGAGACCCGUGGGCUGACUCCGUCUUCAAUGUGUCCAUUCACGCUGCCAUUCGAUCCUCCAACUGGAAGCUGCUGACGGGAUACCCGGGUUGUCCUGUUUGGUUCCCCCAGCCUGGUCGCAACAGUUCUAAGUCCGGCCCGUCGGGAGCGGACCCUCUGAAGCCCGUCAUGCUGUUCGAUGUCGAAAAGGAUCCGGAGGAGAGGAACGAGGUCUCCGAGAAGUUUCCCGAGGUGGUCGAGUAUCUCCUGAGCAGACUCCAAACACUCCAGCAGUCUGCAUCGCCCAUAAACUAUCCUGACGAUGACCCCAGGUGUGACCCGGGCCCCUCUGGAGCCUGGGGGCCCUGGGCCUAGCUGGAGACCACAGCAGGUGACCCCAGGGCUGUACGAUGUUCAGAACUGAACGAGUCCAUGUACGAGGAGCUGCUUUUCUCUCAUUUUAUAUUUAAAAAGUUUAUCUCCAGGGUUUAUUUUGAAUAGACAAUCAGACGGUGUGUUUUAAUGCUCUCUGCUGUUACAUGUUCGUCCUUGGAGGGGCUGCAGACCUGUGCACGUUUCUACACACACAUCUGGAUCCAAAGCUUUUACACAUUUUAAAUGGAUUUUAUUUAUUACAUAUAUUCACAGCAAGGGAAGUAUUUUAAAAUCAGAAUAAAAGAGUUGA